AUGGAGCUUCUGUCAAUUCUGAUUGGCACACGAAUGGCCAAGGCUGUUAAGAAGGCGUUUGGAACGAUUGACAAAGCCGUGUUGUGGUCCGACUCCAUGAUAUCACUCCAACAGAUCAGUAAGGAAGCAAUAAGUAGUCAGCCAGUCUUUGUACGAAAUCGCAUCACAGAAAUCCAGAAACAACUUGACUGGAUCGAGCUCAGACAUGUCAAAGGUACUGAAAACCCAGCUGAUUGUGCUACCAGGGGAUUUGAAUCACUGGACGAGUUCAAACAACACUCGCUGUGGUGGAACGGUCCUGAAUGGCUAAGUAAGCCACAAGAAUGGCCGAGUAAUCUUGUUGUUCCGAUACAAAGCCAACCAGAACCAGAAGAACCUGUGCCAGUAGCCAAUGCCUUAGUUACGGUAAAUGAAGGUCUUCUUGAAAGGGUGAGAACAGCUCAAACAGAAUGUCCACCUACAACCAAACAAAUGAAGCGAUUCCGGAUCCAGAAAGACAGUGACGGACUACUGUGUGUACCCAACAGGCUGUUAAACUCUGAAUGGAGCGGUGCCCCCUACAGCUGGUGGCUACCAUCCAAUCAUGAGAUAACAAAGCAAUUGACCGACGAAACACACCAACGCUUACUGCAUUGUGGACCAGCCACACUAUUCGCAGAAUUACGAACUCAAUUUUUCGUAAAGUAUACGGUGGCCGCUCACACAGCCCAACGCUGUUCGAACUGUCGAGUUUUUGAUGCUAAACCGUAUGCGAAUCCACCGUGGGCCCCGUUGCCGGUUGACCGUGUUAACCCAAAUCGCCCGUUCGAAUCAGUGGGUGUAGAUUUUGCUGGACCGUUUCAUACCAAAUCUGGAGAAUUGUACGUGAUGAUAUUCGCUUGUGCUUCAACAAGAGCCAUACACUGUGAAUGUACUCAAUCGAUGACAACAGAAGACGUACUGAUGGCCUUCGACAGGUUUGAGGCUCGCAGAGGUAUACCUGACCAGGUGCGAAGCGACAACGCGGAGAGCUCCAAACUGGCGGCUAAGGUACUUCAAGGUCGCAGUGACGCCAUCAGAUGGACCUUCAUCACUCCAAGAGGGCCAUGGAAAGGAGCGCUUUCGGAGCGGCUCAUCCAACCCCUCAAACGGUCGGUAAAACGUACAGUCGGGCGAAACAAAUUGCUAUUCCGACAACUGGAAGCGCUGGUGAUUCGUGCUGAAGCAGUGGUCAAUCAUCGACCCCUUUUUAGUCCAGAAGCCAACGCGGCCAUUCUUCGGCCAAUCGAUUUUUUGCUACCAGCUGGAGUUAAAGGUACUAGCCCAACGUUUGAUGACACUGUUGAGGAAGAAUGGGUAGCACAUGACCGGCUUGAACAACGGCUUCAACGACUCAAAGGGUACCAAGAAAAAUUACUCAAUCGGUUUUGGCAGUUGUGGCGUAAGGAGUACUUACAAUCCAUCGCCACCAACGAACACUAUGCCACGAACGCCGCCAAUCAACGAAUGACCCCAGUAGUGAAUGAGACCGUUCUUAUUUUUGAAGAACUGCAACCUCGCUCCGUUUGGAAGAUUGGACAAAUCGUGAGAUGUGACCCAGACAGAGAUGGCGUCCAUCGCGUAGCUACAUUUCGACUCCAAGACGGUAAAGAGUUACAAAGGCCAAUACCCUUGUUGUAUCCGCUUGAGCUACGCGCGGAUCCACGAAAAGAUACGGCUGACGACACAAGCUCAGGUCACUCAGAAUCCAGUGAUGGCCCGGAACUGCAAACAACGGCCGAAGAAAUCAAUCCACGGUCGACUACAGUAGGAGCCUCGGCCCCCGCGGUCGAACAAACUACCCCUCCAACCGUCAAAAAGCGCGGGAAGAGAGUGGCUCACCAAAGGGCUACCAGUCGAUUGAAACAAUGCGCGGCCUUACUCGCAGUUUUCGUAACCAUCACGUGUACCGCAGCACAACGACCGUACGUCUGUGAAGAAAAUGGGAAGACGAUUAUGUGGACACCACCACCGCUAUUAAAAACGUGUCACACAAUCGACCCAACGGUCCACAGAGAAGCCCAAGCCGUCAUCUAUGAAAGCAAUCGAGCCACAUUUAAAACAGAAGGCUACCGAUGUCGUUUAAAACACGCGAGGGUAGAAUUGUGGACGGAUUCAACUGGCCAUAUGCAUUCGGAAGAAUUCCAAGUUUCACCUGAAGUUCCUCUUGAUCCAAAGGAAUGCAAAAAGAUGCACGAAGACAAGACGUGUCGGUAUGGUAAAUUGUCAAGAAUCGGCCCAGUUUGGCGAACAAAUGACGUUAUCGCUGAUAAGAAUUUUCCGAAUCGGUUCUCAAGCAUUCUCUCCUCCACGACAGUAGAAACAAAGAACUGUUAUCUUGAUAACCUAAAUCUGUACGCCACUCACCGUAAUAACACACCCUACUGCGCAGAUGUUGCGCUGGACGGUUGUCGCUAUGACCAAGGCCAUUGUAAGGUGACCGACGGAGUUGUCGUAAACUGGGACCCUAUCCCGGAGCAAGCCGAGGAGUACACCAAUACGGGAAGUACCCAUGGCUUCACCGACGGAGUCUCAUUUACGGACACCCUUGGUCAACGACGAUGGACCUUCACCGACCGAAAAAUCAAGAUCAAAGGCCAAUCAGCCAUAAUAACACAUCAAGGCCAUGCCCUAAUGAUAAACAGUAAAAAAGGGAAGAGAAGUUUAGGUGAAGAACGAGCCGUCCAUUCACAGUUCUACGAACAUCUGGAGUUUGAGCGUUCCAAUAAGAUCAUUGAACAGCUCUGUAAUCUGGCCGAAAAGGUGAACGACCUCGCCUCCAGUUUGGACGAUUUAAAUCCGGUACCACGACUACAAAGGGAGUUUAAUACCACCGCGUUAAAAACCGUGAAAAUCGACCAGGGACUCUAUGAAGUCCAGGUGUGCAGUGAAAUACCUGAUUUACAGUUCACACCCACAACAGAAUGUCAGAGUUUUCCCACGGUAACCUCAAGUCUACUAUCCAACGAUAGUGCUUGGGUACUAGACCCACGAACGCUGGAAGUCACAGAGCACGUCGAAGGCCACGACUGUUGUGCGGAGAAUGUGAUCCUCAGAAUCGAUGGUGAAUUUAAGGUUUUAGAGUACCUUACUGGCGAACUCUCAAGGUACAACCUUCAACGACCGGUGAGCCAAGCUACAGAUGUUCUGGGGUCAGAGGAAAUCAUUAGAAGCUGGGAAUACGAUCAACACGACCAGAUAAUGAGACAGAUCCUAGACGACAUGCAUCGUGCCAACGGAGUACGACGGUCCCUUGGUCCUGUUAAAAGAACGGCUAAACCACUGAAACUGAAGGAAAUCACGGAAACCCCAUUGAUACCGUGGUGGUUAUGGACGUGCCUAACCAUUUUCUGGCAGGUGGUGGUUAACCUAGUCAUAAUCGCCAAUCUCGUCCAAGCUCUUCGAUGGGCUGUAAAGGCUACUGAACCCGAAGUUCACAAGGAAACAGCUCACGUCCCACCACCGACGACCCAACCAACAAGAGCAACAUCAGAACGCCCCACCGAGGAAUACUGGUUAACGCCCGCGCGAUCGUGA